AUGUCCUCCCAUUCUCACCGCGCAUGUGCGGCUCAGGGAGCGUGCAGCGCGGUGAUCGGCAGUGCGCUGUGUCCCUCGGACACAGUGGAUCACCACUGAUCAUCAGGGCACUGAUGAUCAGUGUACCCUGAUGAUCAGUGCAGUCCUAGCAGUGCCACCUGUCAAAGUCCAUCAGUGCCAGCUGUCAGUGUUGAUCAGUGCCACGUGCCAGUGCCCAUCAGUGCCACAUCAAUGCCGCAUAUCAGUGCAUACCAGUGCACAUCAAUGCCACAUAUCAAUGCCCAUCUGAGCUGCCUUUCAGUGUCAUCCAUCAGUGCCAGUCAGUGCCACCUAUCAAUGCCAAUCAGUGCCACCUAUCAGUGC